GGCCGGGCGUAUUAUUCCACCUUAGAGCUUGGCGACUCCCCCGUUCUAAAUCUCAAACAAAUCACUCUCAUCCCCAAACUAGAAAGACGAAAAGGCAGAAUCAUGACAACAGCACUCGACCCAGGCGAGGAACACACUCGCUUCGUUACCUGGGCCGAAGAGAACGGCGUCACAAUCAACGGUGUGGCACCAGCGCGAUUCGUCGGUCGCGGAAUGGGCAUAGUCGCAGCACAAGACAUCAAAAAAGGAGACCGUCUAGUCGACGUGCGCAAUACAUCGUUAGUGCACAUUGCCUUGCCAUCAAUAAAAGCCCUCAAACUUCCAGAACACACAACAGUGCAUGGAAGACUAGCCGCCGCCCUAGCACUCUGGUACUCCGACUCCAGCAGUAAGAAUGAGUACAAACCAUGGCAAGACGUCUGGCCCAGCGAGGCAGACUUCAAGCACACAAUGCCACUCUAUUACCCGCCCCAACUGCAAUCCCUUCUUUCCCCCGCUGCGACCAAACUCCUCACCACUCAACGCGCCAACCUGGAAAAGGACUGGGCAGACCUGCACACCAGCAUCCCCAGCAUCUCAAAGGAAGCAUUCACCUACACCUGGCUGAUAGUCAACACGCGAACUUUCUACUGGGACUAUCCGGACCUGCCCAACGCGCACCCGCGCCUCCCCAGGCAGCGCAAAGCUAAACUCACAGCGGCGGACUGCUACGCCAUGUGUCCGGUGAUGGACUACUUCAAUCACUCAGACGUUGGGUGCGAGCCUACGCAUAAUAGUAGUGGGUACAGCGUGAGCGCUGACCGGGCGUACACGGCGGGCGAAGAAGUCUCCGUCAGCUACGGGCCGCAUACGAAUGAUUUCUUGCUUGUGGAAUACGGCUUCUUGCUCGAGCGGAAUGCAAAUGAUUCCGUGCCGCUGGAUGGGCUUUUGCUUCCACUUUUGAGUGCUGAGCAAAGCGCUGCGCUGAAGGAAGAUGGGUUUUACGGGACGUAUACGCUUUCCAGUGCAUCGACAACAGGAAGUCCGGUUAUUUGUCACCGCACGCAGGCUGUGCUCAGGCUUAUUGUUCUCGAUUCAAAGCGUUAUGCUGCGUUUGUGGGGGGCGAUGAUGAUGGGAGCAGAGAUCAGGCACGGCUGGAUAGCUUCCUGGUCGGUGUGUUGACAAGGUAUUCGCGGCACAUUGUGGAUGUUAUAGAGGAAGUGGAGGAGGUGCAGACGAGGGAAGAAGGGGAGGGAGUAGCACAGCCAGCUCAGAAAGACUCGUUGCUGAAGAGAUGGAAACAGAUACAGAGUGUUGUGAAUGCGGCGAUCAAGCACUUAGAAAGCUAG